AUGAGCAGCUCUGUUUCAUUUUCAGCCAACGCCAAUCAGAUCAGUGGGCAUGGAAGUUCAACAGUGGAAUAUGAUGGAGAGGCCCACUUUAACUGUGCUGUUUCACCUCCAACAGGUGUGCGGCAGGUGACUUGGCAGAGGCCAUCCAAGGAUGAAAAGAUAGUGAACUUGGCCACAUUCAGCACAAGUUACGGGGAGCAGGUUAAUGAACCCUAUAAAGGAAAAGUCGUCUUGACAGAAACGUCUCUCAACUCGUCCUCCAUCAUUCUGAGGAACGUCACGUGGGAAGAUGAAGGCUGCUAUAUUUGUGCUUUUAAUGUUUAUCCRGACGGGUCCAAGAGGAAGCAGAUGUGCCUCACAGUACAAGGAAUAUCAAAGGUGAACACGAGCCGUGAGUCCAGUGUCGAACAGGAAAGAGAAGCCAGACAGGAAGUGUUCAGCUGCUCGGCUACAGGAAAACCAGCUCCAUCCAUUGAGUGGGAUGUCUCACCUGGUGCCAUCAUAACCCAAACUGUACAGCAGCGUGUAGUCGUGAACAGGGACAGCACAUUCACCAACAGCAGCAGCAUCACGGUGCACAUACCUGCAGAAUGGACRGGACACGUGGACUGUCUGCUGAACCAAGGAAGGACAGGAGAAAGACGAGAAACACUUUAUUCUUCUGUUCAAACAGAAGAGCUGAAAAGAAUAGAUUACAACAGCAGGGAGUGCCACUGCUGUGGAAGAUCAGUUUCUAAAUGA